CCCACAUCUUCCCGUUCACUCAGACUCAACCUGCUGCGAAACAGAGUGUGACUCCGUAGUAUAAAAAGAAAGCUACGUGCCUUUUAUUUUGUGUUUUCGGACAGUUCAGCGCAAUAAUGUUUUUAACCAAACUUACUACGAGAAUAUCUCAAGCUGCAUUAGCUGGAAGAGUUAAUCAAAAUGUCUUGUAUUCUUUUAUACGCAAGAACUCGUCUGACUCAACUGUUGCCGACCUAGGCCUAGAGGUAGUGUGGCCUUAAACUUUAAACUUAAUUUAAAGGAAGUUUAGAAAGUGAAAGGUUUUUUGUCAAUGAGUGCCCCCAUAUACUUAUGGAGGCCCUUAACGGUUUGUGCUUCCAGAAUUCGAUGUUGAUACCAUAGUUUUCAGUUAUUUUCCCAUCACAACUGAGUCCCUUAAACUUAAAUACCCGAGGCCCCACUACGCAACGGCAACAGCUCUUCCCACCCAAACCCCCCACCUCCACUCCUCAAAAAUAAACAAAACCAGAUUUAAUAUUAAUUAAUAAUAAAUAAUGAUUUUUUUUUCUACCUUAAUGAAUAGUUGUAAUGGUUUGAGAGAUAGUCUACGUAUCACUAUAACUAAAAUGUGCAAGGUUUUAGAAUGUUACAUUUUUAUUUUAAAACUAGUUUGUCUCAAACUUUUUGAAUCUUGUACAACUUAAACUUAAAUCAACCACGACACAGGAAAAAAAAACAACUAUGUGCAUAUUUUGUGAUUAAGACAUGGUAAUGCACUGCAUAUCUAUAUAUGUAUUUUUGGCACAUCUCUGUACCACCUGGGACAAGAUAAUGUACCACCAGUGGUAAGGUUUUAAAAAGUGUAUCUAUGGGUAUCUAGAGUUUGGGGGUGGGGGGAAAUAAUACCUUUGGACUACCUUAGGCCAUUUCUGUCAUUCAGAGUAUAUUAAUUUUUCUUCAGUUUGGAAAAAAAGUAUAACAUCCCUCUUAAGGAUUUAAUUUCAGAUUAUUUCAUCCCUCCUAAGGAUUUAAUUUCAGAUUAUUUCAGAUCAAAUGGCAGUAACACAAGGAGAUUAAUGCUAAUUUUUUAAAAUUUAACCACUAGUGGUGCCAUCCAUGUAUGAAUUAAAAUAUAUCUUUUCACAAAAAUCACUUAUAAUAUAAUAUUUAUAUUAAAUAAUGUGUUUGUAUCAGGCAUGAGCAGACACAUUGGAUUAUCCUAUUUUAACAUUUAAGACCUGAUUUAAAUGAUUAUGAUUUACGUGUUGGUGAAUUUUAAAGUAUAUUUAUUUUAUAUGCAUUUUUUCCCCUCUUCUCUACCAGAAAGCUUCGAAGAGAGGUGCCCGUCCAUUUAAUCAAAGCGCUUACAAUUCCCCAUCACCCAUCUAUGAAUUACGAAUCUACAACAUCCAUCCGAAAGAUUUCAAGAGAACCGUGAUGCUCUUUCAGAAGCAUAUCUCCACACGUACCAGGCACUCAAAGCUACUUGGGUUUUGGAAUGGGGAGAUUGGAGGUUCCAUAACACAGCUUAUUCAUUUGUGGGAAUAUGGUAACUGCAGUAUAUUUUAUAGAUAGUUAAAUACUGUAUGUUUUUUUUUCUCCUUAAAACUUUAGUGAGGAUGAAAUGGUACAUAAAAAUCCUGUUUUUGUAUUGGCUAAAAAAAAAAAGGAUGUAUGAAAUUUUCAGAUGAAAAAAAUCUGGCCAUCACAGAGUUUAACUUUCAUGGUUGGUGCAGUGGUAAAAUAUCUUGAUAUGUGUGAUAGGAUGGGUUGGUACAAGGUAGGUCUCAGAAUUUAUUUAUUUUUAAAAAUAUUUACCUUGGUUUUUAAAAAAAUCUGCAAUAAUAACAAUAAUAAUAAUUAGUGUUCUUAUAUAUACCGCGGUACCCCAGCAUAGGGCUGGGCUCACCGCGCUGUAUAUAUAAUAUUAGCAAAAGAGACAUAAUCAUGACAUUAAAGUAAAAUACAUUUAUGAAAUAAAGAACAGUGUGUAACCAAAAAACAAACAUCAAUGUAUAUUAACCCACCUCCACCCCAGAACUUUUACAAGGCAACCAUGGACGGCAGCUAGCAAGAUCGUUUAUCUGUCAGAGGAGGGGAAUAAGUCAGGGUAAUAUAGUUCAAAGAGAUUUGUUUUGAGUUUUGGGAACGGACAGAAUACGCGUGUCUGCGGAGGGGCCAAGCUGUCGAAAGGGUGAAUAGACAGAGAGAUUUGGGUUAGAUAGGAAGGGCAGGAAUCCGAGAAAAAGUUGUGACAGAGAACGAACAGCUUUUAGUCAGUGCGUGCCUGUAUAGGGAUCCAAUGAAGUGAGUGGAGUGGUGGAGUGACGUGAUCACGUUUUUUUGCCUUUAAAACUAGCCUAGCAGCUGAGUUUUGAACUUUCUGCAGUUUUUCUAUGAAGUGUUUUGGUGAACCUGAUAGAAGAGAGUUACAAUAGUCAAGACGAGAGAGAACAAGAGCACAGAGUAGAGUUUUUGUUGCGCUAAGAUCUGACUGAUAGCGGUGUAUGCCGAACGACAAAUGUGAGAGAUAUGUUUAUUGAGAGACUUGUUGUUAGAAAGCAUAUAACCAAGAUUCCUAGCAGAGGGUGUAAACUGUAUGUUGGAGUUACCUACUUGAAAUGAGGUAGGACGAGUUGAGGUAGAGGAUGAUUUGUGAUUGUGAAUGAGGAGUGCUUCCGUUUUGUCAUCAUUAAGCUUCAACUUGCUGAGUGUCAUCCAUGACUUGAUAUAAAGAUGUAUUUAUUUUGAAAUAAUUUUGUAAUAUGGUAAUUUGGUUUCUCAGCAAUAAAUAAGAAUUCUCUGUAGUCCCUGCCGCUGCUCCAAGAAGAUGGACAAUAUUUGGUUAUUGUGUCAUGUCCAUUUAGUUAUGAAAAGGAGAAAUAAUAAGUUUCAGGAAACGGGUUGUUGGUUGAUUUUGAAAGAAAUUUUUUACAAAUCUUUAAAACAUCAUUUAUUCCUUUAUUUGUUACACCCACAUUGCCGACAACACAUUGUGCAAGGUCUUUGUGAGAAACAAUUAACAGUGGAAUGAUCAUUUUACAGAGAGCCUGAGUCAUCGUAGGAGCGUUCGAACUGGCAUGAUGGAUGAUGAUACAUGGACCUCAGUGUUCUUACCCGCGCUGCUGCCUGCCAUGGACUCGUGGGGGAACACUCUUUUGGCCCUUGCACCCAACAGCUCAAUCACCCGGGACUUCACCAACAACAGCAAUGGUAUUAUCAAUAGCUAUAACUAAUGAAAUUCCAUGCAUGGCUAAGAGGUACUCAACCUUUAAGGUCAUGGCGACUUUUCUGCAUCCAGUUUUCCCAAUGUCCCAUAUGCCGAAUUCUAACAAUUACACUGCGAAAUAGCGAAUUUUUCCAUGACCUUUUUUUUGCACUUGGUGGCACCUCUGUGAGGAAACUCGCGCCCUGUGUGCUGUGACCCACAGUUUGGGAAUUUCUUGCAGCAUAUCUUUUGGUUCAAUGUUGUGGUAUAAGAGUGGGUAUUCUAGUGCUUGCUGGUGAACCUUAAUACCAUCAGGGUAUUCUAGUGCUUGCUGGUGAACCUUAAUACCAUCAGGGUAUUCUAGUGCUUGCUGGUAAACCUUAAUACCAUCAGGCUUGUUCCCUAAUACCAUCGGGGCUUGUUCCCCUAAUUCUACGAGGCUUGUCCCCUUAAUUCUUUGAGGCUUUUUCCUCUAAUUCUAUCAGGCUUGGUCCCCUAUAUCUAUGAGGCUUGUACCCCUAAUUCUAUCAGACUUGUUCCCCUAAUUCUCUCAGGCUCGUUCCCCUAAUUCUAUCAGGCUUCUUCCCCUAAUUCUAUCACACUUCUUCCCCUAAUUCUAUCAGACUUGUUUCCCUAAUUCUCUCAGGCUUGUUGCUCUAAUUGUAUCAGUCUUGUUCCCCUAAUUCUAUCAGGCUUGUUCCCCUAAUUCUAUCAGACUUGUUCCCCUAAUUCUAUCAGGCUUGUUCCUCUAAAUACUAAAUAUUUUCAAUUAGUGUUAAUUAUGUUUAAUGCACAUCUAUUAGUGUUACACUUGAUUAAUCUAAUCUUUCAUGCAUAAUGAAGUUUGUCAUAUCAAACAUGUUAGUAGUUUUGUUUCUUAUGUUAUAAUUCCUUUUUAAACGGAUACUCUCUAUGGUCCACUCAAUGGAUACUCUCUGUAUCCACAGCUGUGUAUCAACUUGAAAUCUUAAAGAGAGAUGAGGAAUCAGAUUUGGAGAGGUUGAAAAGUGAUCCAAAGAGAGCAGGAGAAACUCUAGUUGGGAGAUUUUUUGCAAUUAUUGGACAAUCAAACAUGGGUAGGUUUCACUGUGACAAUCAAACAUGGGUAGGUUUCACCAAAACAAUCAAACAUGAGUUGCUUUCAUAUUGACAAUCAAAUAAUGGUGGGUUUCAUCUUGUAAAAAUUAAUUGUGUUUAGUUUUUAUUCUGACUUUAAUUUUUUUUAAAGACAGAUUUUUAAAAAUUGGUGUCAUACUCUUUGCUUAGAUGAUUGAUGACUGACAUCUUUACAGGCACUGGGUAUGAUACACUUAGUCAAUCUGAUCAAUUUUUUCUUAUUUCAUUGUUUUGCAUUUUAAGACCUAUUUUCACCCUAUUUCCUGAAAGAGUACAUCAAAUCUAUAGGUUUUUUUUGGGACAUAAAAAUUGUGUCAACUCUUAAUAAUGUCUGUUGUACAGAGUACAGACUUUGGCGGUAUUCCCACAUAGAUGACCUACUCACAGGAGCCUGGCACAGAACAUUAGGUAUGAUCAACUUUUUUUUUCUGAAUCAUCAUAAAACAAGUUUUGUCAUACCAUUGCAAGGUCACAGGGAUUAAAGUUGUCCACUGCUGUGGUUCUCAAAUCAUGAUCUCCUGGAAAGUGAGAAUUGUGUGAGAAAUAGUGGUUAACAGGGAGAUUUAAAAAAAAAUAAUCUCUGGCUCAUUUUUUUCCCCUUUCAUUUUUUAUUCAUAAUUUGUCUGUCCCUUGCACUUACAUUAUAUACUCUGAGAAUUCAACAGUACUGUGACUAAUUAAUCACACUGUUAUCUAACAAUUUAUAACCAUCUUGUGUACUCACUCACAAACAGGGUCUACAAGGAAAAUAAUUCAUUUUUGCAUCCCUUAUCUUUAAGUCAACUCAAAAAACAAGAACAACAUUUUAUAAAAGAUCAAAACCAUCCACACCACCCGCUACAUCCACACCACCCACAUCAUCAUCUUUUGUUUUAUUCUCAACCACCAGCCGACCCAACAGAAGGCUCCUCUCUCCUACUGUACCCAUUGGGCUUCUCACCUAUCCAGUAAACUUUCUGUGGAUGGAUGGGAUUGAAGAGUUUAAGUGUUUGCUGUGGUAAUAUGUUAUUUGUACCUUCAGAUUUUGCUUGCCAUAAAAUUAAACGAUGAAGUAUUGGGGUGUGAAAUGGCCUCAUUGAGAUUUAAUGAUUAUUACACUAGUAGAGAAAAAUUGGGUAUUAAGAAAACAUCUCUUGUGAUAAAAUUGGUGUUGGAAAGAAUGCUCCUUAAACUUACCAACUAGAAGUUUACUUUUAUCAAAUAGUUGAGUUUGCAGAGGCAUACUGCUCCACUCUUAUUUGUUGGAAAACUUAGAAUAUGUAUGUGUGUGCUGUACCUGUACCGUCUCUAUAUAAAUUAUACAUCUUUUGGUGAAAAAAGGGGGAAGGGGGGGGGGGUGGCAGAUGGUAAAUUUUACAAUCUCUAGGUUCAUGUUCAAGGGACUGAACUCAACUGCUCUACAUUACCCUACAGAAGGUCAUAUCAGAUUAAUUUGGUUGUUAUUUGAAAAUAUGGCUUAAUACAAGGGGUGGUCACCGCCACGUCCAAUACUGCACCCCGCGGAUGCCUGAUUUAUCACCAUUAACUUACUUGCUCAUCAUUCAGUUUACAAAGAAAUCGAUUUCAAAAAAGAUAAUUUAAAGAAAAUGUAAAGUUUACAUAUUAGUUUACUUUUAUUCUUUUUAGUUACUGUAAUUAGCAUUUUAUUAUGUGCUUUAAGAAUAGAUAAAAAUUUUCUUCUAUGCAGCAUUUAUUGGGUGUUUAUUUCAAUAUAACUUGUUACGGUAUGACAUGGGACCCGUGAAGCAAUUUUGAUUGGCCACCACUUGCUUAAUAGAAGAUAAGGCUUGAUUCUUGACAAUUCGGUUUUGAAAAGAAAUGUUUUAUCUUUUAAAUGUAGUGAUUUAUUCGAACAAAAUAUUGACGGUGAAUUUAAAAAAAAAGAUUUGGGGUUAAAAACAACGAUUUUUAAAAAUAAAAAUAAACAGUCUGUUACGUGUGCUCCAAACUGUGCUGAUGCUGUUUGUACACAUAUGUCAUGCAUGUCAACUAUUAUAUGGGUACAUAAAUCUAGAUAGCGGGAUUAGAACUGAAUUUAUUGCAUGUAACAGAUAAAAAUAGAGUUAUAAAUUGUUUGUUACACAUGUCCCUAAAUACUUUCCUUGCAUCAUUCAAUCAUUAAAGUAAAAUCAUGUCAAGGUGUGCAUAUCUGGUGUGAUUUUAGUUUCUUUUUAAUAGUUUGGGUUUUCAAGUUACAUUACUUUCUGGAGUUUAAACAAAAAAAAAUUUUGUUGAGCAUGUUGUGACAGUGUCUCAAUGAUUUCAGUGAGCAUGUUGUGACAGUGUCUCAAUGUUUUCAUUGAGCAUGUUGUGACAGUGUCUCAAUGUUUUCAUUGAGCAUGUUGUGACAGUGUCUCAAUGAUUUUAUUGAGCAUGUUGUGACAGUGUCUCAAUGAUUUUAUUGAGCAUGUUGUGACAGUGUCUCAAU